AUGAUACACGUUAUUUUGCAGAAUGGUCUUCCUUCGGCAGAAAACCCUUAUGUCUUCAACGGGGAUUUCGUCGACCGGGGCAGGAAGGGUAUGGAAGUCUUCCUGCUUCUCCUAACCUGCUUCCUCGUCUUCCCUGAUGGUGUCUACCUCAACAGGGGCAACCACGAAGAUCAUGUGAUGAACACAAGGAAACAGACGUGUUUCUUGAUUCAUGACGAAAACCCGUUUUCGGAAGUUUUCUAUCUGUUCGUGUCAGUUUGCCUCCAAGUUGUACUUGUUUGGACAGUGUCUACAGAACACAAUAUCACUAUUUCAGAGGCUCCCAGUUCGGACCUGUCAAACUUUUGGUCAAACUGUCUUCUCCAAUUGGGACUUCGGCUCUGA